AUGUUGGUGGCUGGAUUUCUAAAAGGAUUGGGAAUUUAUACUCUUGUUCAUUCCUAUAAAUACACAAACAUCCUACAAGCAGCUAGCAAGAGUACUUCAUACCAGAGUCUUGCAAUCUUAUUCCGCAUCCUCAUCAUGGUUCUGAAAUCGAUGAACAUUUUGGCAAUACUUUUGCUCUCAUUUUUAGCAUCCACCGCUGUAGCUGAUCAAUCCAAUGUCUUCGAUGUGACAAGCUCAAAAUAUGGUGGAAAGCCCAACUCGGAUAUUUCAAAGGCAUUGACAAUGGCAUGGACAGAUGCGUGUGCAUCAACGUCAACGAGUACUGUCCUUGUUCCGAGGGGAACAUGCAAGUUAUUACAAGCAAAAUUUGAAGGUCCUUGCAAGGCUCCUAUUCAGUUUCAGCUCCAAGGAACAUUGCAGGCUCCGAAAGACCGGAGCCAACUCGAUGACUUUUGGAUUUCCUUUAACAACAUCGACAUGCUCACCUUGUCCGGCGGUGGAACUAUCGACGGACAAGGAGCCCUUUCUUGGAAGGAGAAUCAUGACUCUACUCCCGUUGAUAUUUGGUUCCAAACUGUCAACAAUUCCACAAUUAGCGACAUAGCUUCGAUCGACAGCGCAAAGUUCCACAUUAGUGUUCAUGGCUGCAACAACGUUACGUUCCAACGGCUCACCAUCACAGCACCCGAAGACAGUCCUAACACCGACGGAAUCCACAUCUCUAGUUCGACCAAGAUCACAGUCUCCGACUCCUACAUUGCAACCGGUGACGAUUGUGUUUCAAUUGGCGAUGGCUCCAACCAAAUCCUAGUGUCCAACAUUACUUGCGGACCAGGUCAUGGAAUAAGCAUAGGCAGUCUAGGAAAGUAUCCAGACGAACAGCCGGUGGUCGGCGUCACGGUCAAGAACUGCACGCUUACCGGCACAAGCAACGGCGCGAGAAUCAAGACGUGGCCCGAUUCUCCGGCAACAAGCGUUGCUUGUAAUAUACUCUUCCAAGACAUGGUCAUGGUGAAUGUGAAGAACCCUGUCCUCAUCGACCAGAACUACUGUGACAAAGGCAAGUCGUGUAAGCAAAUAAUUCCAUCCAAAGUCCAGAUCAGUAACGUGACGUUCAAGGAUAUCAGGGGCUCGUCUUCGUCUCCGGUUGCCGUCAAGCUCGACUGUAGUCACAGCGCGCCGUGCCAGAAUGUGGAGCUGUCCGAUAUUGAUCUCACGUACAGUGGAGACAAAAAAGACGAAAUCACGUCCGAGUGUAAUAAUGUCAAACCGAGAAUUACCGGCAUGACUAGGGCUCUUGCUUGUGCCAAUCUAGGUGACAUACCAAUAGAUAAUUCACCGCCGCCGUCAACUUCACCGCCUCUUCCACCGCCGCUGCCGGCUUCACCUCCUCUUCCACCAUUUUCGCCUCCUCUUUCACCGCCGGCGCCAUUUGUUUUACCUUCUCAACCACCAUCUUCACCUCCUCUUUCGCCGCCGGAGCCAUUUAUUUCACCUUCACCGCUACCAUCUGUACCUCCUCUUUUGCCGCCGCCAUUCGUUUUACCUUCUCCGCCACCAUCUUCACUGCCUCUUUCGCCGCCGGCGCCAUUUGUUUUACCUCCACCGCCACCAUCUUUACCUCUUCUUUUGCCGCCUCCAUUAGUUUCACCUUCUCCUCCACCAUUUUUACUGCCUCUUUCGCCGCCACCAUUCGUAUCACCUCCUCUUCCGCCGAUGGUGGACACACCUCCUCCCCCUACGGUAGCAUCAGACGAUUCGUCUCCGCCGAUAAUAAUGGUGUAUGGGUAUCCAUAUCCUCUGUCUCAUACUGAUGAUGGUGGUUUUGGACCAACAUCGUCCGCCGCCGGCAGUAUUUUGGGGCAAAAACCGACGGUCAAAGUGAUGGUGCUUAGUUCCGCCCUGGCUUUGUGGUUGCUGCACGCCUUGUUAUGA